AUGGCUGAAUACGCUGUAGAAGUUGAUGACUUGACUUACAAAUUUGCCGAAUCUACUGAACCUUCCGUAGUAGACAUCAAAUUACAAGUCCCAUGGCAUACAAGAACUCUAGUUGUUGGUGCCAAUGGUGCUGGUAAAUCUACACUUCUGAAAUUACUUGCGGGAAAACACUUAUGUUUAAAUGGUAAGAUCUUGGUGAAUGGGUUAGACCCCUUCAGCCCUCUUUCCAUGUAUCAGGAUAAUGAUAAGACUACCGCCGAAGAUAAGGAUUGGCAAGUCACUACGUAUCUGGGAACUGAAUGGUGUCAUAUGAGUAUUAUCAAUAGAGAUAUCGGUGUCCUGGAGUUGUUAGAAAGUAUUGGCCUGGCGCAUUAUAGAGACCGUGGGAACAAACUAAUUGAAAUAUUAGAUAUUAAUAUUAAUUGGAGAAUGCAUAGAUUAAGUGAUGGUCAGAAGAGACGUGUGCAGCUGGCUAUGGGUCUCUUGAAGCCAUGGAGGGUUUUAUUAUUGGAUGAAGUGACGGUUGAUUUAGAUGUGAUCGCUAGAUCUAGAUUAUUAGAAUUUUUAAGAUGGGAAACGAAUACAAGAAAAUGUUCAGUCAUCUAUGCUACUCAUAUUUUUGAUGGGCUGGCUACAUGGCCUGAUAACGUUGUACAUUUAAAAGACGGUAAAAUUAUUGAUCAAUUAGAUUACACAAAAGAUGUGGAAUUCCGCAAUGAUAGUGAUAAGAAUUCGAAUGGUAAGGUUAUAUUCCAUUCUCCAGAACAUGUAAUCAAUCCACAUACAGAUAAGCCAAGCAUAUCUAUAAGUAGGGUGAAUAGUUUACAUCCACUGGCAUUGGCUUGGUUGAGGAAUGAUACAGGGAUUGAAGAUAAAGAAAUUUAG